GGGCACACAAAUGUGCUAGCAUUUCCAGGAAAGCACUGCAGACAUCUUCUUGCUGCAGUAUUUAUUGAUUUUAUCGUUCUAAACGUUAUUCUUCAUCCUUAAGCUGCGGCGGAGGAAAGAAAAAAAAAGGCUUUAACUUUUGGCUGCAAGCAAGGGAUCAAACGAUCUAUACAAGUACCAUGCAUGCAGUUACCGCGGUGGGUGGAACAGGGAAUACUUUUUUGCCCCACCCCGCUCGUCAUUAAGAUGUGAUUUUUCACAAAAUGCUAAAAAAGAAGAAGAAUGGGGUCAGAACAAGUUCUGCAAAGGAACCAUGCAGGCGGAAUCGUCUCAAUACCGAAAGUCAAGUCGACCCAGGCCUAAAAGACGAAGUCACCUAUGACAGGAGUAGCUAUUAACGGCAAAUAUUACCAACAGACUCAUACGUUGUUUGAACAAGUUCAGCCACUAUAUCUUACCAAACGAAAAUUACCAUUCGUCAAUACACAAUCAAAGAAUGACUCGCACAAUAACGCAUAAACGCAAUGUUCUCUUGAAUCAUUGGGAUUUUUAAUGAAAAAAAAAGCCUAUGUAGUCAUUAUUCUUUCUUUAGGGGCUCGUACUAAAUGUAUAUUUGCAGACGUUUGGUUAAAAUCUCUCUCUUAAACUUGAUUUUCUCUAAAUUAAUUUUUUAAAAGGCUUUGGUCGUCAUUACUCUUUAAUUAGAAGUUAUUAAUAAUUGUAUACACAGACGUUUGGUUAACAUGAAACGGUGUCACUGUCCGGACAUUCAUUUAGCUUGGGUCUGGUCCAUGACUUGCGAUGUUGCGAUGAUGUGGUCUAAGGUGGGGCGAUAUAUGGUCCACAUAGUCGGGGCGACACGGCUCAUGGUUGUCUCUGUACUUGCACACAUCAGUCUAUUUUUAGAAGUCACGUGUUUGUAGUAAAUGUAACAGUGUAUAUAUAUUAUUACAUUCCAAUUAUUACAGAAAACUUCAGGGCAUAAUUUUAGUAAGUGCCUGGCAUCAUUAUUCCUUUAGGGAUUGUCCCAAGACGACUUGGUUGUACUGUCUUUAUGACUUGAAUAAAAAUACUGUAGUAGAGUUACAGUAGCUAGCGCCCUGUUGGCGAGUUUAAUCAGAUGACAGUGACUGCAGGGCGGUGUCACUAAGAUUCAUUCUGUAGCCAAGUACAUCAAGUACAUCCAGGUGACAUUGUGUAUAGUGGCCGUAGUAAAGGUGUGUUUCAGUGACUAUUGUGAGAUGACACUGGUUAUAGUGCGAUGACUGAGGCGACACUGUGACUGGACGUUGUAACGAUCGCAGAGUUGCACUGUUCCAGUCUCACAAUCGAGAAACAGGAAAUUGUCAAAAUAAGCAGCUAAAUGUAACAACAAAACAAAUUACACCCACAAAGGAUGCGGAGGCAGGUGAAAACGAAGAAUGUGAGGAGAGCCAUCCCAAAUCACUCGUCACUCGAGGACGACACGUUAGCACUGCCCGCCCUACCACCACCACCACCACCACCUGCAAUUCCUCCCUCCCCACGUGCCCAAUGCCGCCAUGUCACGACACUCGCGGGAAGUGCGAGAGAAUAAAAGAAAGGUUGUCGUCGUCGUCAGUCUGUGUCCGUCACAUCGACGCAGAGACUACAUCACCAUGAUGUCCCUGAUGAGGAUGGCGCUGCUGCUCCUGUCGUCCUGGCUCGUCUGCCACUCCAUCGUCAGCACCGUCCCUGCUGUCUCCUCAGCCACCCGCAUCUACAGUCGCAGGCACUCGUCCGCACACCGAGACCGCCGUGAUGCUGUCCCGUUACAAGAUGAGGACUACUCAAGGAUCUCCGCUGACUACGAAGCAAAUUCUCAAGAGUUGCCAGGUGAGGCUCCCCAAAGCCGUUCUCCAUCUGCACGAUCCCGACUUAGCAGGGACCCCGCUCGUCAGAUGGGCAUUGAAGUCCAAGUCCGAGAUGAUGAAGGAGACACAGACUACCAGGUUGCUCACGCGGGUUCAGUCGACCCUCGACUGCUUGACAGACCUUCCCCGGACUGGGAUCCCGCCAGGAUGGGAAGUUCGUCACCUACCAUUUCGUCUCAUUAUGAUAACAGCGUUACUCCCGCGGGUUUUGUCGACCCUCGAGGGCCUAACAGACCUUCCCCUGUCUGGGAUACCGCCAGGAUGGGAAGUUCGUCACCUACCACUUCAUCUCUGUUUGAUAACAGCGGUGAGGCUCCCCAAAGCCGUUCUCUGUCUGAACGAUCCCGACUUACCAGGGACCCCGCUCGUCAGACGGACAUUGAAGUCCAAAUCCGAGAUGCUGGAGGAGACAUAAACUACCGGGCUGCUCACGCGGGUUCAAUCGACCCUCGACGUCUUAACAGACCCUCCAGGUACUGGGAUACCCCCAGCAAGGGAAGUUCGUCACCUACCAGUUCCUCUCAUUAUGAUAAUAGCGGAUACGUCACUGGUCACUCGAGUUUACGCGACCCUCGACGACGUAACAGACCUCAACGUUACUGGGACAACCAAGGGAUGGGAAGCCCGACUAACACCGAUGAGGAUUCCCGUCGGCCAUCUUCCCCCUAGACAACCGUCUGGAAUACCAUUCGACAGACAGGGCCGUCGAGAGCCAUCGCUGCCUCGGAACAGAUGACUAAGAAGACCUUUCCAGGCCUAAGCAUUAAAUUGUGAUCGUAUAUCAGCUUUUGUUAAGUAUAAGUAUGCGUACAAGUGUCAACUGCCUUUAUCUACAUUUAAUAACUCAAUAUCGUUAGCGAAGUGACCGAGGAAAUGCACACAACAUGAGCUCAACAUCACAACAUGCUUUGUAGAUGUUCUUCGCUCGGCCAAGACAAACUGGAAACAAUGAAAGAAAAUGAAAUAAAUUUGUUAAUGCUGAUGCCUGAUCUGUGUUGUCUUUGU